UUUUUUGCAGUAUCAAGAAACACAGCUCUUUGCUUUGUUUUAAAGCAUUACUAAAAGAGUAAAGACAACAUUUUAUUUUAUCAUGUAUAACUAUAAAGUAGCAUUAACAAGCGAACAAAGAUGUAAUAAAUUAGACUUUUCUUCAUUUUAGAGCGAGAAGAUGGAAACAUUGGUUUUCUUUUCUCAAUUAAGUAUGUGCGAAUCAAAGGAAAAAACAUUUUUUGAGUUAAUGCAUGGUUCAGGAAAAGAAGAAAGAAGUAAAGAAGAGAAACUCAGAGCCAAGGAAAAAAAAAAUAGGCUAAGUCUCCUCCUACUGAAACAUGAGUUCCAUGAAGACACCCAUUCCAGUACAUCUGGGCACUUGACCAAAGAUACAAGAGUCUCCCCUGAAGAGGCUGUGAAAUGGGGUGAAUCAUUUGACAAACUGCUUUCCCAUAAAGAUGGACUGAAAGCUUUUACCAGAUUUCUUAAAACUGAAUUCAGUGAGGAAAAUAUUGAAUUUUGGAUUGCGUGUGAAGAUUUCAAGAAAAGCAAGGAACCUCAACAAAUUAUCCAUAAAGCAAAAGUAAUAUAUGAGAAAUUUAUACAGAAUGAUGCUCCACAAGAGGUUAAUCUUGAUUUCCACACCAAAGAAAUUAUUACAAAGACCAUCGCCCAACCCACCCUCCACAGUUUUGAUGCUGCACAAAGCAGAGUGUAUCAGCUUAUGGAACAAGAUAGUUACACACGGUUUUUGAAAUCUGACAUCUAUUUAGACUUGGCAGAAGGAAGGCCUCAGAGACCACCAAAUAUUAGAAGACGAUCACGCUCAUUCACCUGCAAUGAAUUCCAAGACAUAAAGUCAGAUGUUGCCGUUUGGUUCUAA